AUGGCGUAUCCCGCGAAAGAGGAUGCUUGCGGACAAUGCGGUUGCGACAAAGGUGGCAAAGAGGUGGAGGAUUUGGUCCCGGAUGUACAAUUCGAGUACCAAGCAAUGUUCCAGCAUGCCAACCCUGUCGAUGUUCCGUACAAGAAAAUGGACAGCCUGAGCGCUGGCAUCGCCGUCGAAGAGAUCAAGGUGUCGGGAGCCAGUAAGAAAAUUGUCAGUGUGCAGCCGUGGGUCCUGCGAGAGUUGUCCAAGCAUUGCAUCUCAGAGAUCAGUCAUUUUCUCCGACCGGGACACUUGGCACAGCUCGGCAAGAUUUUGACGGAUCCGGAGGCAUCCGAAAACGAUCGCUUCACGGCCCACAAUUUGCUUCAGAAUGCCGUAAAAGCUUCCGGAGGGCAGCUGCCGGGGUGCCAGGACACCGGCACAGCCAUCGUCAUGGGCAAGCGAGGCAUGCACGUCUUCACGAGCGGAGACGAUGAAGCGCAGCUGUCACAUGGAGUCUACGAUGCCUACACACAAAGGAACUUGCGGUAUUCGCAGAUGGCUCCAGUGACGAUGUUCGCUGAGAAGAACACCAAGUGCAACUUGCCUGCUCAGAUUGACAUUCUCGCGACGCCCAGCUCGUCCUAUGAGUUUCUCUUCAUGGCCAAGGGCGGCGGAUCUGCCAACAAGACCUACCUGUACCAGCAGACAAAGGCAUUGCUCAACCCGAAGAAGUUGGAGGCAUUCAUCACGGAGAAGCUGCAGACACUGGGUACCAGCGCUUGCCCUCCGUACCAUGUGGCACUGGUCAUCGGAGGUACCUCUGCAGAGACUUGCUUGAAGACUGUCAAGCUUGCCAGCGCCAGGUACUAUGAUGAUUUGCCAACUUCGGGCAGUGACGGUGGCCGCGCUUUCCGCGACCUCGAAUGGGAGGCGAAAGUGUUGAAGAUCUGCCAAGACCUUGGGGUGGGCGCUCAGUUCGGCGGCAAGUACUUUGCUCACGAUGCUCGGGUUGUCCGACUUCCAAGGCAUGGUGCAUCCUGCCCGGUGGGCUUGGGCGUGUCGUGCAGUGCGGACCGACAGAUUCUUGCCAAGAUAACGACGGAUGGGGUGUUUGUGGAGGAGCUCGAGCACAAUCCGGCACAGUAUCUUCCUGAUGGGCCAGUGACCGGUCUGUCCGAGCAGGUAGUUUCCAUCAAUCUCAAGCAGCCAAUGAAAGAUAUCCUUGCCGUCCUCACAAAGUACCCCAUAAAGACCAGGGUGUCGUUGACUGGUCCCCUCAUCGUGGCGCGAGAUAUCGCCCACGCUAAGAUCAGCGAGCGAUUCGACCAGACGGGAGUUCUUCCAGAAUAUGUCAAGGACCAUCCGAUCUACUAUGCUGGCCCAGCAAAGACACCAGCUGGAUAUGCCUCUGGCUCUUUCGGACCCACCACGGCAGGUCGUAUGGACACCUAUGUCCCCAUGUGGCAGCCACAUGGAGCUUCGCUGGCCGGAGCGCCAGAGUUCCCAUAA